CCGCACUUCGGACUUUUCUUCGGUUUUUGCGCUUUUUGACCUCCAAUUAUCCCAAAACUCGUUCUUGACCCUUCCACACGUGUUAGGACCUGAAAUGUAUCAAAACAAGCACAACCUAGCAUGAAAUAUGUCGAGGAGCGAUGAAAUACUAAGCUAAACGAAUAAGAAAUGAGGGGUAAAAUGUGUACAUCUGGGCCCGAAUCAAUACUAUAUUGGUUAAUCUGGUUUACCAAUUAACCAACCCGAUUAAACUUUAGUUUGGUUAAUUUGAUUGUUGUAUUAGUUUGGACGGUUUGGUUAUGAUAUUGUAUUACAUGAUGAAUAAAAUUUAGGCUUGUUUGGUUUGAUAAUUAUCAUGUUAACCAUUUGAACAACCCUACUUGGGAGUGGGAAUUUUGAAAAUUCCUCUCCCACGUUGUUGUGGUACGGUUGAUCGAAUCAGGAUAAGAAUUCUAAUUGAUACUCUGGUUAUAGUAGGAUGGGUAAGCUUAAUCUGAAUUAUAGCAUGAUGGACAAAUUUGUUAAUUUGUAGAGGGCAGUUUGUGUUAUUAAUCCUUUUUUUUUUAUUGCAUGUUUGUGUAAGGGGCCAAGAGAGAAAUGGCAAUAGGAGAAGAUCCGUCGGGUGUUUAGGGUGAUUAUGAGGGGUGAGUUGAAACAUACACACGAGAAAGGAAAUUCUUAUGUCAUGGGCGAUCACGAUGGAUCGAAGACUAGACACCGAGUUCGCGGUUCAUACAUAUAAAACUAAUAUACAGGACUAUGGUUCGAAAGUCAACAUGUGACUCUACCGGAAGGGAUUCGUACUUUAUGUGUAUGUAAGAACUUUCAAAAAUCAAAACUUAAAUAUGAUUUCCAAAAAAUAAAAUUAAUUGGAAUUCGAGAGUGAAGUUCUCAUUUUCCUUCCAAAAAUAAAAUAAACUUAAACAUGAUUUGAUUUCCAUUCAAUUUUGCCUGCCUCGGGCCUCGCUCUCCUUGCCUUUCCCCAUUAUUAAAAAAAAAAAAACCAACUGCCUCUCUUUUCUCCCUAUUUAAAACCUUCCCAAAUCCCACCCCUCUCCUCUCAUUGCGCGUUGCGGCUUCUCUGCCAUUUCCAUACUUUCUCUCUGUCUCUGUUCUACUCGCUUUGCCUUGAUUUUUCGUUCAACUCUCUGCCCCCAUUGAUUUCCGGUAAUGUGGUUUGAUUUUUCUUGUUUUCUUGUUUCCUUUUUCGCAUUUCCCAUAACUUGUGCCUCUCUUUCGUGGUUGUGUUCCGUUGGAGAAUGCUUCUUCUACCUGGCGCCUCUCUGUUUGCCCUUCCCACCCGCUUCUGCUAAUAAUGGAAUAGGGUGUCAAUGUGUUCGUUCGCCAUUCCCGAUUUGCAUCUUGCUCGGGGACAUUACAAAGUUUGAAGCUUUAACUGGGUUUUUCUCUUCCCCUUUCAAUGCUCUGCCUUAGAACCUACGUCUUUCCCUUUGUUUGAUCCAACUCCAGAAUUUGCGUUUCCCAUCUUCCAAAAAAUUUGUGUGUAUUUAAAUCAACCGGUAGCAUCGCACAUUUCCUCUUCCCUUCUCCAUUUCUCUGUCUCCUUCCCCUACGAUCAGAAUUACAAGUUGCCCAUUUUCUCUUCUCCCUUUUCAUUGCAUUUCCUGGUAAUGAUGUGCUCUUCCUGAUUGGAUUGAUUAUAUGUUCCUUUUGAUUUGUUCUUGCAGCAGUUGUUUUGUUCCCCUUCUAUAGCAGAAACGAAAUGGAGAACGAAAAUGGUGAACAGCAUCAGAACGGUUUCACCCAGAAAUAUGAUUGUCUCCUUUUCGAUGUGGAUGAUACACUUUAUCCGUUGAGUUCUGGUCUGGCACCACAAGUUGCCCUCAACAUUCAAGAUUACAUGACUGAAAAGCUCGGCGUCAUGGAGAAUAAGGUCCAAGAAUUGUGCCUGUCACUCUACAAAUACUAUGGCACCACAAUGGCUGGCUUACGGGCAAUUGGCUAUAAAUUCGAUUACGACGACUUCCACAGCUUUGUACAUGGACGAUUGCCUUAUGAUACCUUGAAGCCAGACCCAGUUCUCAGGAGCCUCUUACAAAGCUUGCCCAUCCGCAAAGUGGUGUUCACCAACGCAGACAAGGCUCACGCAGAUAAGGUACUGAGCAGGCUGGGAUUGGAGGAUUGCUUUGAACAGAUCCUGUGCUUCGAGACCUUGAACGACUCCACCAAAGGGAAUGAUGCCGUGGAAGAUGAAGAAUCAGCCGAAGUCUUUGAUAUCAAUGAGUACAGCGCUGCUCCUAACGCUGGCUUAUCUCUCCCCAAGACACCUGUGCUCUGCAAACCUUUCGAAGAAGCUUUCGAAGAAGUCUUCAAGAUUGCUAACAUCAACCCUCAUCGAACGUUGUUUUUCGAUGACAGCCUUCGAAACAUCCAGACAGGGAAAAGAAUGGGACUGCACACUGUGAGGGUUGGGACUUCUGAUCGAACUGAAGGCGCGGAUUACGCGCUAGAGAGCAUCCACAACAUCAAGGAAGCACUCCCAGAGCUGUGGGAUGCAGCAGCCAAUGAUAAAACAGAGGGGAUGAGAAACUCCACACAAGUUGCUAUUGAGACAGAAGUACAGGCCUAGGCUUUUGUUUGUACAUAGUCUGGAUUCACCUUAUUCCCUCCAGGCACCAGCUGCCUCAUUUUACGAAGUGCAGCCUAAUUAAUUAUUAGUAAUUUG